AUUGUGCCCAGUGUCUAUCAUCUUCGUUUCCUCCAAACCUACUGCUUAACCGAGUUCCGUGGCGGCUGUUGUUGUUCAGCCAUAGUCGACGCUGCUACUUCACGGUGCUUCUAUUGCCACCUCCAGAAUCUUCGAACGCCACUAUCGUCGAUGCUGAAAUCCGCUUCAUUCUCAUCCAUCGGCGAGGCGCCGCCCCUCCAUCAACAUCCCUAACCGUGAUUCUUCAUUUUCCACCGAGUUGCUUUUACACCAAUCCUGGUCAGGAUUUCAGUGAUUAGCCGAUCGAAGUGCGUUACCAUUACAACUUCGUGCUGCGACUGCUGUCGUGCGAGCCCCUGAUUACUAACUCUCGCUGUACAUUAUCAUUGGGUUCAUUGGAGGCCAACAGGAAGUAGAAGCAAUGACUUCACUACGGUCGCUGAAGUCCUCAAUCUUUGAUAAAGAGGAAAGGAAGAUGCAGUACCAAUCUCAUAUCAGAGGGCUCAAUGCAUAUGAUCGCCACAAUAAGUUCAUGAAGGAUUACGUUCAAUUUUAUGGGAAGACAACAAGCUGCCCGAGAGACUGUGUGCCCAUAAAGACUGAUCAAGACACAAUUAGAGAGGGCCACAGGUUCAUAAUUUCUGAAGAUGAUGACAUGGAAUCAACGUGGGAGAAGAGGCUGGUGAAAAGAUAUUAUGAUAAACUUUUCAAAGAAUAUUGCAUUGCUGAUAUGUCUCACUUCAAGGAAGGCAAGAUUGGCUUAAGAUGGAGGAUGGAAAAUGAGGUCAUAUCUGGGAAAGGUGAAUCCGGUAUUUGCAUUACAUUCUUUUUCUAGCAGGGAGUUUUGAUUUGUACAUGUGAAACGAAUUUGUAGAUAAUAUCUACACGUGUGGGAUUUGAAAUGCUCACUGGAUAAUACUGUACUUAGCUUUAUUUGAUCUGUCCUAUUGGCAAUUUAAACAAUGCCAGUAUGAUAAUCUCUUUAGGAAAGGUCUUCAAUUUGAAUGUCCUAAUUCUUGGUCUUGAUU